AUGUCGACGAGGAAUCGCAGAGGUGUCAAAUUCACCUCCCUGAAACCUACCAUUAACGGCUCAGGGACCGGCAACAUCCGAAGAGAAAGCACUCCAUCGGACCCUUCAGACCCAAACUCGCCUCUGGUAGACCUUGACGAGAAUGAUCCUGCCUAUCAAGACUGGGUGGAUGGCGACAAAGACCCCGUUGUUCCCGCAAAUGCUGCACCCGUGGCGACCACUGAAUACGAAAAGAAGAAGCAGAAUUUUGUUGUCAGAACAAUAUGGACGCUUGUCAUGAUCGCCUUCUUUUUCAUCCUACUCUUCAGUGGGCAUUUAUAUCUUGUCGCUGUCGUUACCGCUGUCCAAAUCAUUACCUUCAAAGAGGUUAUUGCGAUAUCAAGUGUUCCUGCCAAGGAAAAAAACAUGCAUUUCACAAAAGCCCUGAACUGGUACUUCUUGGUGACGACAAUAUAUUACCUUUACGGCGAAAGUGUUAUCUACUACUUUAAGCAUAUUGUCUUGGUUGAUGCCUUCCUCUUGCCGAUGGCGAGCCAUCACAGGUUCAUUAGCUUUAUGCUGUACAUGUUGGGUUUCGUUUUUUUUGUCGGCUCCCUCCGUCGCGGACACUACCGUUUCCAGUUCACACAGUUCGCAUGGACCCAUAUGGCUCUCUACCUCGUGGUUGUUCAGGCCCAUUUUACUAUCAACAACAUCUUUGAAGGCCUCAUCUGGUUCUUCCUGCCGACUUCUAUGAUCAUCACGAAUGAUAUUUGGGCAUACAUCUGCGGUAUAUCAUUCGGCAGGACUCAACUGAUCAAACUUUCGCCAAAAAAGACGGUGGAAGGUUUUGUUGGAGCAUGGAUCUGUACUAUGAUAUAUGGACUUGCCGUUGCCAGGAUUCUAGUACCAUACAAGUACUUCAUUUGUCCGGUCAGGAAUCUCGGAGCCAACAUUUGGACUGGUCUAGAAUGUACCCCAAAUCCCGUGUUUUCCCCACACACCUACACCCUACCGCUUCCACUUCAACCAAUCCUUGGUGACACUUUCACCAGCGCUCCAAUUUAUUUCCACGUCCUGUUGAUGGCUACAUUCGCUUCUCUCAUCGCUCCAUUCGGUGGUUUCUUCGCCAGCGGUCUCAAGAGGACCUUUAAGAUCAAGGACUUCGGCGAUACUAUCCCUGGGCAUGGUGGGAUUACGGAUCGUAUGGAUUGCCAGUUCAUCAUGGGAUUCUUCAGCAAUCUAUACUACCAGAGCUUCAUUGCAGCGAACAAGGCCGUCACCGUUGGUGGUGUAUUACAGAGCGUUAUUGGCAAUCUAAGUCCCCAAGAACAAGUCGAGGUCGUUCUGGGUCUGCAGAAAUACCUGGCUGGGCAGGGCCUUGUCGGCCAAGAGAUUGUACAAUGUUGGAAUGACGCUCUGAAGGGCCAGUGA